AUGUCUGACGCCGAGAUCGAGGUCGAGACCGUCUCGUACAACAUCCUCCCCAAGGAGGUGACGAACGAGAUCGGUACCGUCAAGCUCUUCAACAAGUGGAGCUACGAUGAUGUCGAGAUCCGUGACAUCUCCCUCACGGACUACAUCCAGAUCCGCUCGCCGGUCUACAUCCCUCACUCUGCCGGCCGCUUCGCUGUCAAGCGCUUCCGCAAGGCUAACUGCCCCAUCAUUGAGCGCCUGACCAACUCUCUGAUGAUGCACGGCCGCAACAACGGCAAGAAGCUGAUGGCUGUCCGCAUUGUUGCCCACGCUUUCGAGAUCAUCCACCUGAUGACCGACCAGAACCCCAUCCAGAUUGCCGUUGACGCCAUUGUCAACUGCGGUCCCCGCGAAGACUCCACCCGUAUCGGCUCGGCCGGUACCGUCCGGAGACAGGCCGUCGAUGUCUCGCCCCUGCGCCGUGUCAACCAGGCCAUUGCCCUGCUGACCACCGGUGCCCGCGAGGCCUCGUUCCGCAACGUCAAGUCCAUUGCUGAGUGCCUAGCUGAGGAGCUGAUCAAUGCCGCCAAGGGCAGCAGCAACUCGUACGCCAUCAAGAAGAAGGACGAGCUGGAGCGUGUCGCCAAGAGCAACCGGUAA